CACGGGGGAGGGGUCAGAACACGAGCGGCUGAGCCCAACACCGCGUUUGGGAGACCGCUGCCGAGCAGCGCCUCGGCGGGGCCGAGCAGGAACGGACACCAUGGAUUCCUUCAAGGUGGUGCUGGAUGGCCCAGCACCUUGGGGCUUCCGGUUGCAGGGGGGCAAGGACUUCAAUGUGCCCCUGUCCAUCUCCCGGCUCACUCCUGGAGGCAAAGCUGCACAGGCUGGUGUGGCCGUGGGCGACUGGGUGCUGAGCAUCGACGGUGAGAAUGCCGGGGGCCUCACGCACAUUGAAGCCCAGAACAAGAUCCGUGUCUGCGGGGAGCGCCUCAGCUUGGGUCUCAGCAGGGCCCAGCCGGCUCAGAGCAAACCACAGAAGGCCCUGGCCCCCGCCGCGGACCCCCCGCGGUACACCUUUGCACCCAGCGCCUCCCUCAACAAGACGGCCCGGCCCUUCGGGGCGCCCCUGCCUGCUGACAGCGCCCCGCAGCAGAAUGGACAGCCGCUCCGACCGCUGGUCCCAGAUGCCAGCAAGCAGCGGCUGAUGGAGGACACAGAGGACUGGCGGCCGCGUCCUGGGACAGGCCAGUCCCGUUCCUUCCGCAUCCUUGCCCACCUCACGGGCACCGAGUUCAUGCAAGACCCGGAUGAGGAGCACCUGAAGAAAUCAAGCCAGGUGCCCAGGACAGAAGCCCCAGCCCCAGCCUCAGCUACACCCCAGGAACCCUGGCCUGGCCCUACCACCCCCAGCUCCACCAGCCGCCCACCCUGGGCUGUGGACCCUGCAUUUGCCGAGCGUUACGCCCCAGACAAGACAAGCACGGUGCUAACCCGGCACAGCCAGCCGGCCACCCCCACACCUCUGCAGAACCGGACCUCCAUCGUGCAAGCAGCUGCUGGAGGGGGUGCAGGAGGGGGCAGCGGCAGCAAUGGCAAGACUCCUGUGUGCCACCAGUGCCACAAGGUCAUCCGGGGCCGCUACCUGGUGGCGCUGGGCCACGCAUACCACCCUGAGGAGUUUGUGUGUAGCCAGUGUGGGAAGGUCCUGGAAGAGGGCGGCUUCUUCGAGGAGAAGGGUGCCAUCUUCUGCCCACCUUGCUAUGACGUGCGCUACGCACCCAGCUGUGCCAAGUGCAAGGCGAAGAUCACAGGCGAGAUCAUGCAUGCCCUGAAGAUGACCUGGCACGUGUAUUGCUUUACCUGCGCAGCCUGCAAGACACCCAUUCGUAACCGGGCCUUCUACAUGGAGGAAGGGGCACCCUACUGCGAGCGAGACUAUGAGAAGAUGUUUGGCACGAAAUGCCGUGGCUGUGACUUCAAGAUUGAUGCUGGGGACCGCUUCCUGGAGGCACUGGGCUUCAGCUGGCACGACACGUGCUUCGUGUGUGCAAUAUGUCAGAUCAACCUGGAAGGAAAGACUUUCUACUCCAAGAAGGACAAGCCCCUUUGCAAGAGCCAUGCCUUCUCCCACGUGUGAGCCUCUCCCACCCACUGCCACCUUGCCCAGCCCAGCCAGAGGGGUCACUGGUUCUGGAGUCAUCACCCCGAGAUUUCUGAGGAGAGCUGGCAAAAGUUGCCCCAACCCCAACUCCUGGCCGAAGCCUAGGGUUCCCUGGGCCCUGCCCCACCCCCUGCAUCUCCCCCCCAACUCCCUCCACCACCAUUGCACACCGGUGCUGGCCACACCGGCCCCUGUUCACGUCCAGUGCCACAAUAAACCUGUAUCCAGCUGU